AUUCAAUGGAUUUUGCUCAGUACACUUGCAAGGUUUCCAAGAAGAUCCAGCAGGACAAGGAGAGAGAGGAGAUGAGGAAGGGGUAGCAUGGUCCAUUCGGGUUGGAUGUACCAAAAUAAGUGACCACAAAGGGCGAUGUGGCUCUAGGGAACCGGGCAGGGAUUUCACACAAGACCGCUGUUGUGUAGGGAGAGAGCGGCGGACAUCUAGGUGAUGCAUGCGGGGUCAGUGAUGCACCAAGACGAGUGUGGUGGAUUCCAGCAACCCGCCGCUGCAGAGAGCGAAGCCCGCUAGCUUACCGCCGGCCGAGAUGGCGCAUGGAUAGCGGAUCCCUUCAUGCUACAAAACAUCACCAAGCAUUUAUAACAAAACCGGCAGUUUGGGAGCUAAACUAAGGAAUUCGAUGCUUGCACUAGCAGGAAGAAUACCAACGCGCAUUUCCAUUGAGACUCCGAGCCUUCUGGAUGAGAAAGGAUGCCAUCUCCAUAAAACCUAUCAUACAUAGCUAACGGAGAGGGCCAGCUUGCCUUUUUCUCACCAUACUAGAUUUGUUUGAGUAGGCCGGUUGUGAUUCGUGAACCACAAGCUGUAACGAUGUUGGUGAGAUGCCACCGGAGCAAGCUGUCGGUGUGGGCCGUUCUGUGUGUGCUCGUGUUAUGCUGGCUCUACAUUUUCCCAGUGUACAGACUCCGGAGCGACAAGGAGAUAGUUGAUGAAGUGCUGCGGCAGGGACAAGUAUGGCAGAGGAACCAGACGGACAUCGAUCUGUUCAGGAAGCUGCUUUCAGAGUGCUGUGACCCAAGGAGAAUGUUUGCGGUGACCAAGCAGAAUUCACCUAUGGGGAAGGUCCUGUGGUACGACGGAGAGUUUUACCACUCACACACAGUCAACAAUGAGACCUACUCUCUCUUUGUGCAGGAGACACCUCUUCAGCAUCCCCUGAAAAAGUGUUCGGUGGUGGGCAAUGGAGGGGUCCUGAAGCACAGCGGCUGUGGGAAGGACAUUGACCAGGCUGACUUUGUCAUGCGGUGCAACCUUCCACCACUGUCUAGGGAGUAUGUUGAGGAUGUGGGGACCAGAACUAACCUGGUGACAGCCAACCCCAGCAUCAUUGAGAAGAGGUUCCAGAACCUUCUUUGGUCGCGGAAAAGCUUUGUGGAGAGCAUGAAGGCCUACGGCUCCAGCUACAUUUAUAUGCCAGCCUUCUCCAUGAAGCCGGGCACCGACCCCUCCCUGCGGGCACACUACGCCCUUGCCGACACCUCGUCUAACCUCACCAUGCUGUUUGCCAACCCCGAGUUUCUCAGGACCGUGGGAAAGUUCUGGAAGGGUCGCGGAGUGCAUGCCAAGCGCCUGUCCACAGGCCUCUUCCUGGUCAGCCUGGCGCUGGGGCUGUGUGAGGAGGUGACGGCCUACGGCUUCUGGCCGUUCAGCGUUGGGCUCGACGAGCAGCCCGUCAGCCACCACUACUACGAUAACGUGCUGCCGUUCAGUGGGUUCCACGCCAUGCCUGAGGAGUUUGUCCAGCUCUGGCAGUUGCACAAGAGCGGCACACUGCGUAUGAGGGUGGGACACUGCCCACCUCGGGAAGGGGCUAUAUAAGACUCAAGGGACCAAGGGACCCUCCCCUAAUAAACCUUCCCUUCCUUUUGCUUACAACCCACCAGCCCCCUGCGAUCGUCCCCAGCAAACCACCCGCAAACCACCACCUCUUUCUCCACCAUUAGCAUGAGAAUGUAACCCAUGGUUACCCACCCAGCCGAGAAAGCCCCCACACACCCUCUCUCUCUAUCUCCUGUCCUCCAUUCACUCUCACUAUGUGUG